AUGAAGCAAUGUCAGAAAAAUCCUUAUAACGUAGAUGAAAAGAAGCAAAAGACCAUAACUUUUGAUAGGAAGUCUGAUGGUAGUGGUAGCAAUUUGGUAGCUAAUAUUUUCAACAAAGAGGCAUGUAGGAUGGCAUGUGCCAAAACGAAAAUUUUGGAUGAGUUACCUUUUAGUUUUGUAGAAGGCCGUGGAUUUAGACACUUUUGUAGUGUUGCAUGUCCUAAGUUUGAUCCUCCAUCUAGAAGAACCAUUUUGAGGGACAUUUAUCAAUUGUAUUUGGAUAAGAAGUUGGCUUUAAGCUAUAGGAUGCUUUAUGACACUGAUCAAAGCAUGGUUACUGAAUUGACAAAUGGUUUGAAAAAGACUUUAAUGAGGCUGUAUAAUUGGUAUAAUGAAAAAGAAAUGGGUUUAGAUAGUAGUUGUCAAUCUUCCACUCGUGUUGAGUCGUCUGGAACUAGUUUGGAUAGUAAUAGCAGUGGAUUAGAGCAAGCCAACUAUGCUGACUAG